UGUGCAGUUUCAUUAGGAGGCAGUCAGAGGACACAGAACUUUUUGAGGGAAAUAAAAGUUUCACAUUGGGUUCCUGCCGCAGAGUUUAAUAUUCUCCAUUUAACCCAAGUGAAGCAGUUCAACUGAGCAUCUGGAUCUACAACUGAAAACCCCUGCAAGUAGCUGCAAAAGGCCUGAUAUCAGAAACUACGCUUUGAGACCUGUUUUGGGUGAUGCCAGAGAAAGUCCUUUGGGCACGGAAUGUAGGGAUGGAAACUUUGGGUAGCACUGGCAGCUGUGACAGUAUGGAGAGCAUUUCGUCCAACCACUCUGCUUUCAGCGGAGAUUAUGAUCACCUGUCGAAAGAGGAACGAGAGUGCUUGAUGUUUUUGGAAGAAACUAUAGACUCUUUGGAUAAUGAGGUGGACAGCGGGCUGUCUAAUGAUGAAUCAGAGACUGCAGAGAACAUUCCUAGUCAGCCUUCAUCAGAACCUGCAAGAAUUCCACCUUCUAGUGGUGAUGACAAGGCACCCAUUAAAAGCACAGUUAUACAUACAACCGAAGAAAGGAGAGAAAAUCAUGAGGAAGUAAAUAAAAUGCCACCCAAGCAGGGGUACCAUAGCUUCCCAAGAAUAAUUCAAGGUUCAAAAGAUGAAAUUCCAAAGCCACUUAGUGAAUCAAAACUGUUAGACAGCAUGGACAAAGCAAAGCUUGUGCAUGGAAAACCAAAAAGUUUGACUGCAAUUAAUCAGGAAGGUGUAGAGCAGACUUCCACUACAGAUCUAAUUCUAUUACCACCACCUGAGCCUUUUCGUGACCCUCAGUUUGUGGAUAAAAGACGCUCUGUUAACGAUCCAACGGAUGUACGUGAAACGCGUUUGGAAAAACUGUUACCAAAGUUGUCAACCAACGCUCUAUAUAAAGAGGCAUCUCCUGCUGUAGGUCAUUAUCCUGACAAGGUUCCACCAGUUGUAAAAUUUCCAAGGCCCUUAUCACCAAAUCCAGUGGCUAUGCGUUCACAAGAGGUGGUCAUAACUCUCGCAGACAAGCAUGGUGAGUUUAAACAAGGCCCUCCGACAGCACCCAAACCACCAAAACUGCCACCACACAUACGUAUUAAACCAAGCACUGGAGGUGGUGUUAUAUCAAAUCUGGAUCCACAACAAAGGCCCAGAGCUUAUUCAGCACAUGAAAGGAACACGGAUAAAAGUAGUGGCUCCUCCAACACAAAGCUUCCGCAUUCCAAAGAGCAGGAGAGUGCUCAUCAAGAAGCUCUCCAGAAACUGGGUUUGCUACAGGAAAAAGGCAACAAAGAGGAGCAUAACUCCAAUAAACCGUCUGUAACCCCUAAAACUGAACAGAUUUCAGUCUCCCAUGAAGCGAUGGAACAUGGACAGAAAGAUGCAUACAGAAAGAGUGUAAAUAUAACACAACAAGAUAGACCUAAUGUCUUGGGAACAAGCCCAGUCCAGCCUUCUGUUCUUGCUCUUCGUAAGGGAGUUGAAAGUGUUGUAAUAAUAAAUGAAGGUUUUAGCAGAAAAAGACUGAGCAUGAAAUCAAACUCGCUUGAAAGGUCAGAUGAGCUUGGUGGCGUUCUUGCCCAGGAUGAAGGUUCCCCGAGGAGUGUAAAAGCAAAUGCUGUUGGCAGAGGCACGCUUUGUGUGGCAUCAAGACCCCAGGAAAAGGAAAAUGAAAUGGCAUUCCCAACUCCUAAGGAAGCUGAACCACAAACGAAUAAAUCUCCCAAACUUAAUCCUAAAUCUACUGCUUUAAAGAACCAAGUAAACAUGAAAUCAAGUCACCAAGAGAAGCCAGAUGAACCUAUAGAUAGACCUGUCCUUGCACAUAAAGAUGCUCAAUCAGAGACAGACACCACUGUCAAGUAUUCAAAAGUGAGUCUCGGUGGUAACUCAACGGCUUUGAAAACAAACUCCCUUGAAAAGGGGAUUAUGAGUCAAGAGGGUCAUCCUAUUUCUGAGACGGCAUCUAACCUUCCUAAUGCAGACAAACCUUUGGAAAACAGAACUAAAAUAGGCUCUUCUGAUAAUAUUAACAUGAUAAGCACCAGCCCUGGUAAAACAUUUAGUUUUCCAAGACCAAAAGAUGUGUCCAUUCCCAGCACCAGUCCAGAAGUUGCAUUAAGGGGAAGAAAAAGCCAAGCAGCCAAUGACAAAAGCAAAAGGCACAGCAGUCACAUGGAGUCUUCAGGUGAACAAUACUUACGACUUCCUCAAAGUUCAGUGGCUGGUCUUAGGCAAAUAAAUAUUAAAUCCAAUACCUUGGAACGCUCUGGCGUUGGCCUCAGCAGUUCAAUGUCUAGUUCUGAAGACCAGAAUCGUAAGGGAAGUGGUUCUUUCUUCAAGAAGUCAAUUUUCUCUGGAAACUUCUUGAGAAACUCCAGGCCGCGACCAGCUUCACUUGGUACCGGGAAAGACUUUGCUGGUAUGGAACCCUCUACAUCAGAAGCUGAAGUUAAAGAGAGUCGUGAAUCUAUUAUUUUCAGAAAAUCUCACCCUGUUGCUCCAGUUACCAGUGUCAAAAUUACCCCUAAAGGAUCUACUGAUGAACAUCGGAGGGAGGCGCUAAAAAAACUUGGAAUACUUAAGGAGUGAGAUAUGUUGGGACCCAAACACUACUCAUUGUCUUGGGAAAGCUGAUGUUGUCAGUGUUCUUGUUUGUUUUUUUGUUUGUUUAAACAGCACUUUUGCUUUUGAAUGUGAAAAGCGACUCAUUCUAGUAACUUAACCACCUGAUUUUUUUGCAAAUCUCUAUGCAAAUUUGGUUCACAUGAGCUUUAACAUUGUAUUUAUAUUUUAAAUUUAGGGGAAAUUGCUUUGAAAUAAUCCCAAAUUCUGCCCAUUUAAAGCCUUUUGCACGCACUUUUCUAAUUUACAUACAAAAAGACUGCCAGGUGUCUACAUUUUGAAUGAGGGACCUGAAGACUAUUCAAGGUCACCUGAAAUAUAUGAUAUUACAAUAUUUAAGACUUAAAGUAACAAUGCUUUUUUGAAUGUAUCCUUGAUU